GGCCGUGGAGGAGAAAGAAACGCAGCGAACAAAACACACAAUGGCGACGGCGGCGACAACGGCAGGCGCGACGGGCUCAGGCGGACCGGCGACGGGCACUGUGGGCGGCGGGACCACCGCAGUGGGGAGGAAGAAAGACGGCGGUCCGUCUGCGAAAUUUUGGGAAAGUUCUGAGACGAUAUCGCAGUUUGAGACGGUUCGGCAGUGGAUCGGAAAACACUACAAGAAGUAUGUGCAGAAUGACUCCCCCUCCAGUAAAUCCUUGGCGGGUCUGGUGGUCCAGCUGCUGCAGUUCCAGGAGGACGCGUUCGGACGCAGGGUCAACAAUCCUGCUCUUACCAAGCUACCUGCCAAGUGUUUCCUGGAUUUCAAGGCCGGAGGUGCUCUCUGUCACAUCCUAGGGUCGGUCUACAAGUUUAAGAGCGAGCAGGGGUGGCGUAGAUUUGACCUGCAGAAUCCUUCCCGGAUGGACAGGAACGUGGAGAUGUUCCUAAAUGUGGAGAAGAACCUGGUGCAGAAUAACUGCUUGACUCGACCCACCGUAUUCCUGUCGACGGACAUCGAGCAGAAACAAGCCAGUAAGCUGAAAGACAUCGUCAAGCGGCACCAGGGCUCCAUUACUGAUGACAAGUCAAAGGCCACCCACCACAUUUACCCCUCUACAUCCCAACAAGAAGAAGAUGAGUGGCUGCGCCCUGUGACGAGGAAAGACAAACAGGUGCUGGUUCACUGGGGUCUCUCCCCCGACAGCUAUGAUACCUGGGUGUCAGCAACAGAGGUGGAUGGCGACGUGGAGGACCCCCCCAGCAACGACCGGCCAUGGAAGGUGCAUGCAAAGUGGGUUAUAGACACCGACUCGUUCAAUGAGUGGAUGAACGAGGAAGACUACGAGGUGGACGACAACAAGAAGCCAGUCAACUUCCGCCAGAGGAUCUUCCCCAAGGAGGAGGAGUCUUCCCGUACACCCGAUCGCAAGGAGCGCAAGGCCAACUCCGCCAGCAAGAAGAGGAGGCGCUCUCCCUCGCCGCCCAGCACUCCCGCAGAGUCCCGCAAGAAGGGAGGGAAGAAGGGGAACCAGACCCCUUCCUGGAAGCGGCGGGGCCACAGAGGCGAGGAGGAGGACACGGAGGAGGACCUGAACAAGGACAUGGACGACUCCUCCGCUGGCGCCAGCAUGGAGGAGGGCAGUGUGUCCAAGAACGCAAACUCAAAGAAAGACAACGAGAGUACUCCGGUGAAAGGAGGGACUUUGGCUGACCUGGAUGACAUGGAGGAUGACUCUGUGCUGUCUGGUGGAAAGGAUGAUGAGGAGCAGGGCAAAGCUGAGAUCAACCGACUGAUGGACGCCAGCGAGGACAACGUGACCGAACAGACUCACCACAUCAUCAUCCCCAGCUACAGCGCCUGGUUCGACUACAACUGCAUCCAUGAGAUCGAGAGGAGAGCCCUGCCCGAGUUUUUCAACGGAAAGAACAAGUCCAAAACUCCAGAGAUAUUCCUGGCUUACCGUAACUUCAUGAUCGACACGUACCGGCUAAACCCUCAGGAGUACCUCACCUCCACCUCCUGUCGCAGGAACCUGACAGGAGACGUCUGUGCCAUCAUGAGGGUUCAUGCCUUCUUGGAGCAGUGGGGUCUGGUGAACUACCAGGUGGACUCCGAGAGUCGCCCGCUGCCCAUGGGACCCCCACCCACCCCCCACUUCACCGUGCUGGCUGACACACCCUCUGGCCUCAUUCCCCUGAACCACAGACCCCCUCCGAUUCCCCCUCAACAGCAGAUGCCAAACUUCGCAGACAAAAUCAAAGACAAGUCCAUCGACCUGCAGAACUACGGCCUGCGCUCCGACCUCUACAACAAGAAAAAUCUCAAGGGCAAAACUACCAACUCCACCAGGGAUUGGACCGAGCAGGAGACUCUUCUGCUGCUGGAGGCCCUGGAGAUGUUCAAGGACGACUGGAACAAAGUGUCAGAGCACAUCGGGUCGCGCACCCAGGACGAGUGUAUCCUGCACUUCCUGCGGCUGCCCAUCGAGGAUCCGUACAUGGAGAGCACCGAGGCCUCUCUGGGCCCUCUGGCCUACCAGCCCAUCCCCUUCAGCCAGUCUGGAAACCCCGUCAUGAGCACCGUGGCCUUCCUCGCCUCCGUGGUGGACCCCCGGGUGGCGUCUGCUGCAGCCAAGGCAGCGCUAGAGGAGUUCUCUCGUGUGCGUGAGGAGGUCCCGGCUGAGCUGGUGGAGGCUCACGUGAAGAAGGUGCAGGAGGCGGCCCGCAACACCGGGAAGGUGGACCCUGCCUUCGGCCUGGAGAGCAGCGGCAUCGCCGGCACCGCCCCCGAGGAACCGGAGAAGUCCGAAACCCCAGAGGCAGAGAAGAUGGACGCAGACACAGACUCCCAGCAGGCCGAUAAGGCGGAGUUGAAGGACGAGGCGGAGAAGCCCAGCGAGUCUGCGGAGAAGAGCGACAAGACCGAUGCCGCGGACAAGGUGAAGAAGGAGGGGUCCGAGUCGUCGGAGCGCGAGGAGGAGAGUGAAGAGGGAGGGGAUGCCAAGGCGGCUCCAGCAGACAAAGACAAAGAGGAGUCCAUGGAGACGUCGUCCUCGGAGCCGGAGAAGGAGAAGGAGGAGAAGGCAGUUACUGACGAGGUAGAGGAGAAGAGGAAGAAACUGGAGCACGACAUCGGAGAGGGGAACAUCGCCACCGCGGCCGCCGCUGCUCUGGCAUCUGCUGCCACCAAGGCCAAGCACUUGGCGGCGGUGGAGGAGAGGAAGAUCAAGUCCCUGGUGGCUCUGCUGGUGGAGACGCAGAUGAAGAAGCUGGAGAUCAAGCUGAGGCACUUCGAGGAGCUGGAGACCAUCAUGGACCGCGAGAAAGAGGCUUUGGAGCUCCAGCGACAGCAGCUGCUCACCGAGCGCCAGGCCUUCCACAUGGAGCAGCUCAAAUACGCCGAGAUGAAGGCGAGGCAGCAGAUGGAGCAGCAGGCGUCCGCGGCUGCUGCUGCUGCUGCCCAGGCUCAAGGGCAGGGGCAGGCUCCUGGAUCUGGACCCCCUCCAUCAGGCAUGCACCCCGGAGGGCCCCUUCCUCACCACGGGUCACCAAUGACCCACCAUGGAGUGGCUCCUCCUGGGGCUGUCAUGCACUCCGGCUACCCCUCCAUGGGACACCACCAAAUGGGCCCCCACCACCCGGGACAGACAGGACCGAUGGGACCCGGCCAGCCGAUCCCGGGUCGUAUGAUGCCCGGCCCGCCCUCUGCCGGCCCCCCCCCCGGCGGCAUGCCUCCCAUGAUGCCCCCACGCCACCCUGGAGCUCCCAACGGCAUGUACCCCGGCCCCCCCCCUGCACAGCCUGAGGCGGUCCCUGUGGUGCCUGUGGGUCCUCCAGCGCCCACCAGCGGACGGGUGGCUGACAACUAAGACCUACACACACACACGCAUACACACACACACACAUAAAACUAUCUCGUAACAUCUUUUUGAUGGCCUUUGCUACUGGCUCGCCAUAUUUCCCUCAAAGCGACAAUACAUUUGAUUACAGGACGCACACACACACACUCAGGGUUCAGUGGCAAGGGUAACCCUAUAUUCACACACACACACCCACCCAGAGUUCCUCUCAGGGCACAGUGGCAAGGGUAGUCUAGUAAUAAACACUGUUUUCUGCUCGGAUGAAGACUGGAGAGAAUGAGUGUGUACAGAAAAAGUGUCUAUUUCAUUUUUUCCUUUCCUUUUUAAUGUUUAAAUCACACUGUAACCCCCUCCUGUUUCUAAACACACACACUUCUUCGUGUCUGGUGCCUCUUUUUACAAGCUGAACACUAGGGGGAGCUAGAGAGAGACAUGCAGGGGUGUGUGUGUGUGUGUGCUCUCAGAGCUGUAACACACACAGGCAGGAGGCUUAGCAGCACAUAAAGAUAUAAAUGAAUAUAAAUAAAACACACACACACACACAGGUGACCCAGCCUGCUCUGGUCUUGUCGAGUAUCUACCUCUUGCCCCUCUUUUAGUGAUACACUGAAGUUCUAUGUGUGUCUGUGAAUGUGUGUUCAAGUGUUUCAUGGCAGAGCAAAAUACAUUUUUAAGUCUCUUUCGCCACAAAAAGUCAUAUCUAAAAUAAAGUUGUCUUUUUUUAUAUCUGUUUUAAAAGGUACAUCGCUGUUCCUUGACCCAAACAAAUAUGGCUACUGGACAUAUUUGUCCCAACUGGGUGCAGGCUGAAUAUGAUUACAUUGUUUGUAUAAUCUUCGACAAACAAAAGUGUCUCCUGUCUGAAUUGAAAUAGGAAAGGAUUGGCUGCAUACUACAUCUUAUUUUCCAAACCAAAACCAUCUCUGAUUUCUGUCUGAGUUUGGCUCUGAACACAAAGCCUCAUAACUAUUUAUGAUAAUGCUAAUCUAUAACAAAGGAAGAAUCUAUUUAUGGCUGCGGAUUUGUUGAAGAUAAUAUAAAAAAACAUUAAAAUCAAAAGACACAAACCGAGACGCCAUAAUAGGGAAGACAGAGAAAAACUGUAUUUAUCCUUCUGCCACACAAACACACACAGAAAUGUAAGCUAAGCUGAGGCUCACACUGGAGGCUACACACACACACCGACUCGGCCUGACCCUGCCACAAAGCACUGGACCAUCACACACACACACACACACAUGCAUUAAAACACACUUAUAAAGAGAGGUAGUGUGAUGCGGCUCGACUGAAACAGCGCGUUGGGCUUCUAGAUGUUUCUUAGGUGCUGAUACUGUAGCGAUUAACCCCCUCCUCUCCUUCCUCUUCUGCUCACACGCCUAGUGCUGCCUACCUCGCUAACCCCACCUCUCUCUCACACACACUUCAAUGCACAGCCAUGUUUGCUUUUUAGCCACGAGCAACAGGAAGCAAUAUCCUCAUUCCUGUGUAUCAUCGUAAGCAAUCAUGAUUCCACGCCUUAGUUUUAAAUUCUGUUACUGAUGAGGGUUAAGUAAAUGCAAAAAGUGCAUAAACAACGAGGACAACCACCAAAUGGUUAUUUAAGGAGCUUUAAUCGAGUAGUCGAGCGACAGAACUGAAUUAGUCUGGUACAUUUUGAGAUUUUUCAAGCAAAAAAUAACAAAUCUUCUCUGUUUACAGUUUUCAAAUGAGAAUAUUUUCAGAGUUUCUUGGUCCUAAAAUGUUGUUGGACAAAAAAUAUUUUAGUUUCGGACUGUUUGUCCUGACAAAAAUAGACAUUUGUAGAAAUCAGCAUCAUUUCUGACUUUUUAUUGCCUGAAAUGUAGAGAAAAUAAUCUGCCAUAUUCUCUUUGUCAAGAGAUGUAAUACCAUGACAAGCAGAUAUUUGGUAUAUUCUCACUACAAGAUCCAAUAGUACUAAUCUUAAUUGUAUUACAGAAUAUUCCUCAGCAGUUCUAGUAUUUUCAAUGUUUGAAUUCCCAUUAUUUAUCUACUUUUUGUCAAUUUUGGGUUAAAAAUUCAAUCUGAAAGUUAAUGUACAAACAGCAGAUGGACUCGGUAACCAUGAACAUCAAUAAGUAGCUGAUCUGCAGCUUUGGUCAUAUUCCUCUGCAGAUGCCCAAGGAUCAUGGAAAUCCUUAAAAUGCUCAAAAUUGAACAAUCACAAUUCCAUGACGACUGUUGAGCAAUCCAAAGAUCAAGAACGGCUUUUAAAGGAACAUGCGGUGGGAUAUUCUUCUACCAAUAGACGGAUAAUAAUUUUUUAAUAAAACAGACGUGUGAGGUCUGCAGGUUGAUAAUAAUCUCCAACAAGGUUGUUUGAUUAGAAGUUGUGACUAAAACCACUCCUCUCCCUUCUUCGCUAGCACCGUUAGCAUCUCUGCUACCUCUUCCUCGUUUGUCCGCUAGCUACCUCUUCUAGAAAUCUUCCUCUCGCUCUCUGCUACCUCUCUGCGCAUCCCUUCGCUACCUCUCCUUUCUUUUUGUACCUUCCCUGCCCACAUGACUGCUGCAUCACUGACUGUUGCCCUCUUUCUUGUCUGCUGGAGGAUUAAGACACACUCUCAUUCGACUCCUUUCCCAUUCAGCAUCUUAUCCAGGCUUGUUAUGUAAUGUCACUUAAAUAUGACGGAAAUCCCCCCCCCCCCACCACCCCCAACAUAUAUUAUCCUUAAUCGAUACUCUUGUGUUAAUGGUAAUGUAUUUUUAACGGAGAAAGUUUUGUGUAGAUGGAAGUUAUCUUUGUUCUUUGGAAGUUUGUAGCAUAUGUUGUUUUUUUUUCUUUUGUAUGGGGUCUGUUGGUACUUGGACCUAGACACUGAAUAAACUGUGUUUUGUAUGAGA